GUUACCUCAUAGAGGAACAGUCAAUGGAGUCAAGCGGUCAGACCAAACAAACAAAGUAUCGGUCAUCUGAGCAAGAUUGUGGACGAAGAACCUGCGUUAAGUCUCGUUAUCAAAUAUCAUGUUUUUUCGUAGAUAACCUGGUGUUACGGGAGACGUGGUUUUCCUUUUAGUUCUCGUUAGCUGUACAUUUUCGCGUCACGGUUAGCACCUAACGUAGUUUAGCGCAUUAACAUUAGCUAUCCUAGCUAGCUGUCAGUCUUAUCUCACUGAGGCCUAUAAAGCAAACGUCAGCUCUAAACCCAGAGCAUUUCAGUCGUUGUGCCCAGGAAGGAUUUAACGUUAGCAUACACCGAUAUGGCAGAUGAGAAUGCCGUCGCAAUGCAACAGAUUGUGGACAGGAGUUGUUGGGUGUGCUUCGCCACAGACGAGGACGACCGGACGGCGGAGUGGGUGCGCCCGUGCCGCUGCCGGGGCUCCACGAAGUGGGUGCACCAGGCGUGCCUGCAGCGCUGGGUGGACGAGAAGCAACGCGGCAACUCCACGGCCAGGGUCGCCUGCCCACAAUGCAAUGCGGAGUACCUCAUCGUCUUCCCAAAACUCGGCCCCGUGGUGUACGUGCUAGACCUGGCUGACCGCCUCAUCUCCAAGGCCUGCCCCUUUGCUGCCGCCGGCAUCAUGGUGGGAUCCAUCUACUGGACGGCCGUCACGUACGGAGCAGUCACAGUCAUGCAGGUGGUGGGUCACAAGGAGGGCCUUGACGUGAUGGAGAGGGCCGACCCUCUCUUCCUGCUCAUCGGCCUGCCCACCAUCCCAGUCAUGCUGAUUCUGGGCAAGAUGAUUCGCUGGGAGGACUAUGUGCUCCGCCUCUGGAGGAAGUACUCCAGCAAGCUCCACAUCCUGGACAAGAUCUUCCCAGGGAUUGGUCGUCCGGUGCCCAGGAUCCCUGCAGAGGCUAGCCCAUUGGCCGAUCAUGUGUCAGCGACGCGAAUCCUGUGCGGAGCGCUGGUCUUCCCCACCAUCGCCACCAUUGUGGGCAAGCUGAUGUUCAGCAGCGUCAACUCCAACCUCCAGAGGACCAUCCUGGGGGGCAUUGCAUUUGUGGCCAUCAAGGGAGCCUUCAAGGUGUACUUCAAGCAGCAGCAGUACUUGCGACAGGCCCACCGCAGGAUUCUCAACUUCCCCGAGCAGGAGAACGCCUGAGGGGAGGACCUGAGAGAAGAGGUGGGACCCCCCCAGCUUGGAGGUCACAAGACCUGACAGGACAACACAGCACGGAUAGAUAGAUAGAUGGAUGGAUUGUCGGUCCACUUGCCUGUCUGCCUGUCUGUCUGCUGGCCCUCACAGGGCCCCCCCACCCCCCACAUGACAGACAGACAGAUGCUGUGUUCAAGUGGUCAUCAUGUUCACUCCACCUCCCCACACCUCGGCAGGGGUCAUGCCAACUCAGUACAGGCUGCUGGAACUGUGGACAGCUCUCAGGAGCUCCAGGAAGAAGUAACUUGUGGUCAAUCGGACACUAAAACACUCACAGCGCACACACGUACACACACACACACACACACACACACACACACACACACACACACACACACACACACACACACACACACACACACACACACACACACACACACACACACACACACACACACACACACACACACACACACACACACACACACACACACACACACACACACACACACACACACACACACACACAAACAUGUGUGACCCCCUCAGAAUGUGACCCUUCUCUGUUGUGUGGCUCGCAUGUUUGUUCCCCCUCCCCCCCUUCCCUUUUUUUUCCAAGUUUUUACUGGAUUGUUUUAAAGUGAGUAAUUGUGGUGUACCAUAAGUCUGAGAUUUUUUUUUAUUAAGUAUACAAAUAAAUUGGUUGUUUUUUUAAUGUUAUUUUUUUGCAGUGAUCUGAGCUGGAAAUAUUCCCUUGUGCUUUGAGGAAGCUGCUAGGGAGAAUUGCGCCACAUGAUUGACUCAUCAUUUUGUAGGACGCAUACUAGCACUUGAAUUCAUUUCAUAUCAUAUUCACUUAUAUCUGCUCUUUAAAUGGGAAAGGGAAAUCUCUGUGUGUGUAUAUACAGUAUGUAUACAAAUUUCCCCUUGAUUUUCCAGGGCGUUGCCCCUUUAAAAUGUCUGAAUGAUCUGUAACUCUGUACCUUGUCUGUCCACAAGCUCGCUGUUGCAAACCCAGUCUGUGGAACACUUCCACACAGGCAGUGUGUCACUCACAGUUGGUCUGUAGUGUUUUUUUUUUUUUUUUCUUCUUCAGCUGAAUACUCCGUGUUGUGUAGGCUUUGUGACGAGCAGUGGAUCUAGACAGAUUUAUGCAGGAUGAAGAAAAAAAAUGUUGUUGCUUUUACCAAGAAUUUAGCCCUGCUUGACAAAGACUCCUUAGAGACAUGUAUAAUUCUAUUUUGACCACAUUUAGGAAAACUAUAAAAUGCAAUUAACACCAAACCUGUUUAAGAGCUGAGCUUUGUUGUAUGUAGAUCAAGCCUAGGACUGUGCUGACAUGAGAAUAGCUCUAAAUGUGUCCAAUACGCCUUCAGAGUAUUAAUGUUAACCUGUUUUGUAACGUAAGGUACAUGGGUACAUUCUGAUAUGUUUCUCUUUAUUCUAUUUUUGUUAAUGGAUUCUCCAACCUUGUACCUUUUGAGCCCAUGUGGUAUGUCCCGUUUCUGUUGCUAGGACACUAACCACAUAAAAAGGAUGAGCUUGAGGAAGACUUGGAAAUGUGAAAGAACACACAGUUGGCAGAAUGACAAUUUUUCACACUUAGUGGCCUUUUUGUAACCCAAAGCAGACGACAAGGCACAACCAGAAUGGCAGUUGAAUUGUGCAUCCGUCACAAAGACGGAUUGAUUUGACCGUGAACAUAAGUGUUGUCUCUUAUGUGGAUAAGAGGCAAAACGGAUAAAAGUGCAAUGAUGAUUGGAAAUAAACCUUCUCCAAUCCUUUCGGCUCCUACCAAGUUUUCUUGUUUCUAAAUAAUCACCCAUAUGUGAUCAAGUGUUGAUAUGUAAUCCCUUGACAUGAAAGGUGUCCAGUAUUUAGUCUAGUAAAAUAAAUGCAUAUGAUUGUGUGUGAGUGUGUGUGUGUACGUAUGGGAUGAACAGCAUACCAUGAAUGCCAUUGGAUUUAAACAGAUCUCGCCACUUUCAAAGGUAUUUUACUUUUGAACACUUUGUGCAGUUAUAGCCCAAUUGCUCAUGGGUUGCCCAGUUUAUUCUCUCUAAUCAGCUUUGUCACAUAACUUAAAAUAAUAAAUUAGCAUGUACCAAUAGUAUCUUAUAAUGAUCACUGAAACCUGUAUUAAUGUGUCAUCAAAAUGUUUUUGUCAAAAAGCAGACAGUUCACUGUUUUUGGAAUUUGUUGAUUCAGUUAUUUUCACCAGAAAAGUUCAUUUGAAAGUCACAUCCACAUUUGUACAGUGACACUAUAAUGCCAAAAGCUGAAUGUUGACAUUGUAAAAAACAUGCUUUGUACAGAUUUUCCCUUGGGACUUAUAGAUUCAUGUUGAUUUAUGUGAAUAAAUGUAUUUUUCCAA